CGAGGGAGUUUCUCGCAUCGACAUCAGCUAGGCAACACCCAGAUAAAGAAAACCGGAACCCUCCCCCCAACACCCUCGUAUCGAGCAGCAAGUACGCCUAUCCAUCAUGGGCAUCUCAACCGAAGUUCCCCAGACGGUGGAGUGGAACGGGAAGAAGGUCCCGGUCUACCCGAUGGAGAUCAUCGACUUCUCGAAGCUGCUCUCCCAGGAGCCAGCCGAGAUCGAGAAGCUCGUCCGCUCCUGCCAGGACGAGGGAUACUUUUACCUGGACCUGCGAAAUAUCGACGGCCGCAGGCUGCUCGAAGACCAGCAGGAGACGUUGAAGCUCAUGUACCGUUUCUUUGAUGCACCUCUGGAGGCUAAGAACGAGUUUGGGCUUGUUGCUCCGCACCUAGGCUACGAGCCCAUCGGCUCCCGAACUGGAGUCCUCGAGAAUACCAAGGACGGAUACGAGAUGAUCAAGGUUUCUCGAGACGAGAUCCAGAAGGACAGCCCUCACCUACCGGCGGUCAUCAAGAACAGCCCCGACAUGAAGGUGCUGGAGAACGCCAUAGCCGGUGCCAACAUCGCCACAAAGACGAUCCUGGCUGCGCUGUCGACGGGCCUGGGGCUCACGGGCGCCGCCCGGUUCGAGAACCUGCACCGCAACGACCGGCCGUCUACCAGCACGUUAGCGAUGAUGCACUACAUCCCGUCGGAGCCGACGGCCAAGAACAUCGGCCACCAGAAGCACACGGACAUCAGCUCGCUAACGCUGCUCUUCGCCGAGCAGUGGGGCCUCCAGGUGCGGCCACCGGGCGCGAAGGAGUUUGGCUUCGUUGAGCCCAAGGACGGGUGCGCGGUCAUCAACGUGGGCGACUCGCUGCGGUUCGCGAGCGGACACACGAUGCAGUCCUGCAUCCACCGCGUGGUGCCGCUGAACCCCGAGGAGCACCGCUACUCGAUCGCGUACUUCCUGCGCGCCGAGAACGACACGUGGUUCACCGACAGCGAGGGCCGCUACAUCACGGCCGGCCAGUGGCACGACGAGAAGUUCUUCGCCUUCACGAGCCCGCCCGAGAUUCAGGCCCUCGCCCCGAGCUCCAUGAUCCUCGGCGGCAUGACGGAGGAGGAGGAAGAGUCGGUCCAGCCCACCAAGGACGCGCCCAGCCCCGUCGUCGGCGUGACCGAGCUGAAGGAGGCCGUCCAAGCCUACUAGAGAUGGGGCUCGUCCUUUCCUCCGCUGCCGCUGGGCCGGAAUCAAGGGUAGAGAUAGAGCUACAACGGGGGAGAGAAUGAAGAAAUGGAAUACUGACGAUCGUUAACUCCGCGUGAGGAGAAAGCCAAGCCCCCCCUCCUCGGGAAAGAAAAGCCCUUCCUCUUCCCACCGACGAAUCGGCUGGUAUACG